AUGUGCGAUCGAUCGCGACGCGAUUCCCAUCGAUCGCGCUCGCGACACACGCCGACGCCGUCGAUCGACCCGCGUUCGCCCGCACAGACGCCAAACAUGCCCGCCCCCGAGCUGAAGUUUGAAACCUUACAGGUCCACGCGGGCCAAGCCCCCGAUCCCGCGACGAAUUCGCGCGCGGUCCCGAUCUACGCCACGUCGAGUUACACCUUCAAUUCGAGCAAGCACGGCGCCGAUCUGUUCGGCCUGCGCGCGUUCGGGAACAUUUACUCGCGAAUCAUGAACCCGACGAACGAUGUGUUCGAAAAGCGCGUCGCGGCGCUGGAGGGUGGCGUCGGCGCGCUCGCGGUGUCGAGCGGGCAGAGCGCGCAAUUCUUGGCCAUCUCGACCAUCUGUCAGUGCGGCGAUAACAUCGUCGCCACGCCGUCGUUGUACGGUGGAACGUACAAUCAAUUUAAAGUGACGCUGCCGAGGUUGGGGAUCAACGUGAAGUUCGCGAAGGAUGACGAUCCGGCGAGCUUCGAGGCGUUGAUUGACGCGAACACGAAGGCGCUGUACGUGGAAACCAUCGGGAACCCGAGGUUUGCGGUGCCGAACUUUGCCAAGCUCAAGGCGAUCGCGAGUAAGGCUGGGAUUCCGUUGAUCUGCGAUAACACGUUCGGGGGCUGCGGAUACGUGUGCCAGCCGCUCAAGCACGGCGCGGAUAUUGUCGUGGAGAGCGCGACGAAGUGGAUCGGCGGUCACGGCACAACCGUUGGCGGCGUCAUCGUCGACGGUGGCACCAUGAACUGGAACAACGGUAAACACCCGAUCAUGACCGAGCCCUCUCCGGGGUAUCACGGCCUGAAGUUCUGGGACACGUUCGGUCCGGACGGCAUCUUGGGCGCGAACGCCACGUUCAUCAUGCGCUGCCGAGUCGAGGGCCUUCGAGAUCUCGGCAUGUGCCAGAACCCGUUCGGUUCUUUCAACUUUAUCAUUGGCUUAGAGACGCUCUCUCUUCGCAUGGAGCGUCACUGCUCGAACACCCUGGCGCUCGCAAAGUUCUUGGACUCGCAUCCGCAAGUCAGCUGGGUUUCGUACCCGGGCCUCAAGUCUCACCCGUUCCACCAGCUCGCGUUGGAGUACUUCCGCGAGGGUAACUUCGGCGCUGUGCUCACGUUCGGCAUCAAGGGCGGUCUCGACGCUGGCAUGAAGUUCAUCGAUAGCGUCAAGCUUGCCUCGCAUUUGGCGAACGUAGGCGACGCCAAGACGCUCGUCAUCCACCCGGCAUCCACGACGCACGAACAACUCAGUGCAGAAGAGCAAAAGGCCUCCGGUGUGUCUCCGGAUAUGAUUCGCGUCUCCGUCGGCAUCGAGCACAUCGACGAUAUCUGCGCCGAUUUCGCCCAAGCGCUCACUGCGUAA